AUGAACGCAAAGGUUUUAAAUUUUACAACUGUGCUUGAAAAAAAAUGGUCAGAAAGUAAAAGAACCUAUGACAGAUUUAUUGAAAAAAAUAGUGAAUGGUUAAAAAAAAAUGUCAUAUUACCUACAGACAAUGAAAGUAGUUCGAAAAGUGUGGGUCGACCAAAAAUUAAUUUUAACGAGUGUGCCGAAAGAACCAAAAUAAAUAAAGUGAAACAUUUAGUAAAAUCGUAUACUUCUCCGGAACUCAGCUUUGCAGCCUCAACUAAGUAUCAACCAUCUGGGAAGAGGUGCGUUAGUCAACUUUUUAAGGAAAGUGUAAAAAGUCCGAAUCGUGCAAAAAAAAUUAUGAAUUCAUAUACGAGUACUUGUGUUGAAGAUGAAAAACCUAUUCCAUAUAGAAUUGAUGAAGCUUCUGUUAAUGGAUAA